AUGCCUGCUGCUGCUCGUUCAAGUGGCCGUACACCACAAAAACAGCAGAAACAAAAAGAGAACUCAAAGUCGCUGAAGAGAAAGAGAGAUCAGGACGAUCUCCAAAAAUUACAAAAUGCUGUCGACGAGUUUGAUCCUAAAUCCGAAGACAACACCCAAUUCUCGAAACUACCUCUCUCGAAGCCCACUGCCUCUGGUCUAGAAGCGUCGCACUUUCAAAAUCUAACCGAUGUUCAGGCCCAAGCAAUUCCCCUAGGCUUAAAAGGCCAUGAUAUCCUCGGUGCCGCCAAAACGGGUUCCGGAAAAACGCUUGCUUUCCUCGUCCCCGUCCUCGAGAAACUCUAUCGCGCGCAAUGGACUGAGUUUGAUGGGUUAGGUGCCCUGAUCAUCUCGCCUACGCGCGAACUUGCGGUGCAAAUUUUCGAAGUACUGCGCAAGAUCGGAAGACAUCAUACCUUUUCUGCUGGCUUGGUUAUCGGAGGCAAGAAUUUGCGCGAGGAGGCAGAAAGACUAGGGAGGAUGAAUAUUCUAGUUUGCACCCCGGGCCGGAUGUUACAACACCUUGACCAGACCGCCGGAUUCGAUGUCGACAAUCUACAAAUGCUAGUCCUCGACGAAGCCGACCGAAUUAUGGAUAUGGGUUUCCAAUCAGCCGUAGAUGCCCUGAUAGAACAUCUCCCCAAAUCUCGACAGACUAUGCUUUUCAGUGCCACACAAAGCAAGAAGGUUUCUGAUCUGGCUAGAUUGAGUUUGAAGGAUCCCGAAUAUGUUGCUGUUCACGAGGCCGCGGCCGCCGCAACUCCGGCAACACUAACACAACAUUACCUCACCACGCCCUUAGCGGAUAAGAUGGAGACUCUAUAUGGAUUUAUCAAGGCCAAUCUCAAAAGCAAGAUGGUUGUUUUCCUAUCGUCAGGAAAGCAGGUCCGAUUUGUAUACGAGAGCUUCCGUCAUUUACAACCCGGUAUUCCACUUCUACAUCUACACGGUCGGCAAAAGCAAAUACAACGGUUGGAAAUCACGAGAAGGUUUACUUCAUCUAAAAAUUCAUGCCUCUUUGCUACAGACGUAGUCGCGCGUGGUGUGGAUUUCCCCGCUGUGGACUGGGUGGUACAGAUGGAUUGUCCCGAGGAUACUGAUACCUACAUUCACCGAGUAGGGCGCACGGCGCGUUACGAGAGAAAUGGAAAGGCAGUAUUGUUCCUAGACCCGAGUGAGGAGGAAGGGAUGUUAAAGCGACUCGAGGAACGAAAAGUACCGAUACAUAAGGUCAAUGUGAGAGAAAAGAAGAAGCAGAGCAUUCAGAACCAGAUUCAGGAUAUGUGUUUCAAGAACCCAGAUCUCAAAUACCUUGGUCAAAAGGCUUUCGUCAGUUAUACCCGCUCUGUUCACCUACAGAAGGAUAAGGAGAUCUUCAACCUAAAUAAGUUAGACCUAGAUGCAUAUGCCGCUAGCUUGGGUCUACCUGGUGCACCUCAAAUCCGAUUCCAGAAGGGCGAGGAUGUGAAGAAGUUGAAGAAUGCGCCUCGCGCGGGAAUGUCAAGCGACUCGGAAUCCGAAUUCGACGAAGACAAGGCAAAGCGAAAGAAGAAGGGCGAAGUCCGAACGAAAUACGAUCGCAUGUUCGAACGUACCAACCAAGAUGUGUUGACAAACCAUUAUACAAAUAUGAUCGGCGAUGGAGAACAGGGCGAGAACGAUGAGGACGAAGACGAUUUCCUGUCGGUUAAACGCGUACUUCAAGGCGAUGAUCUGGAUGGAGAGAAUGAACUAGCGCCGGGCACUAAGAUAAUCGAGGGACUCGGUGGUGAAGAGCCAUUUGUGGUAGAUUCUAAGCGCAGAGAGAAGAUGCUUAAGUCUAAAAAGAAGAUGCUUAAGUUCAAAGGCAAGGGUGACAAGGUGGUAUUCGACGACGAUGGCACAGCCCACCAUCCAUACAGAAUCAAAGACGAAGAUGACUUCAUGCAAGAUGGAUCCGCGGAGGCUCAGCGACAGAAAUUCGUCGAGGACGAAGCGAUUAGGGUUAAGGAGGCUGAUGUCGAUGAUAAGCAACUUGCUAAAGAUAAGCGACGGGAGAAGAAAGAAAAACGGAAGGCUCGGGAAGCGAUGGAAAAUGACGAGUCGAUGGGUAGCAUGCCGAGACUUUCAGGACUCAACAAUGGGGAAGACCCCUUGGCUCUUAUGGCGUCUUUGCCGACCGCGGGAGAAGGAAGCGAGAGCGAAGCGGAAGAAGAGAGACGGCCGACGAAGAAGGCGAAGAAGUGGUUCCAGGACGACUCAGAGGAUGAGGGACAGAAGGCCAAGAAUAAGAAGGGUAGUGGAAAAGUCAUCGAAGUUACUGAAGCACCGAAUACCCUGGAGGACUAUGAGGCGUUGGCUACUGGAUUGCUUGACGACUAAAAUAUUUAGGUCUCAAUUAAUACAUUGUAACACAAUGCAAUUGUCCAAUAAUAUUUGUGAAUUAAAGAAAUAUCCAUGGAUGGAUGUUUUCUGUGAGAGGGUGAACCAACAGCAACAUCUGUAUCGGCCACAUGUUUUCCGUAUUAGGCAUUGGAUGGGUAGCUUUCCGAACCGUUCAACGUGAAUCCCGCGAUUUGAAGUUGCUUCGGAUAGAUUAAUCUUUCCUGUAAUUUGGUACGAUAUGUAAGGUGCACAUAUGGGAGGUGGAUAGUAACUUGGCAUUCUGGACCCUUCGUUGCUAUGGAACUUCU